UUCAAGAAUAUGAAAGUCACUGAUUCUUUACGUCUCAAGGAAAAUAUUAUUAUCGAAUCGAUUUUAAACAAAUUCAAGUUACGUCGUUAUACUAAAAAAUGUAGGGUUGAAGAAUCUGCAGCAUCUUCUCCUAAUAUUGAACAUUCUGAGAAUAUUGAGGAAGAAGGC